CGUUAUCAUAUCAGUAAAGAAUAAUACGAUAGCGCUAAUGGAACAACAUGAACUAUAAUGUAACUUACCGAUCAAUUUAAUUCAGUGGGGACCGUAAACAGAACGCUAAUGUCACGGAAAUCGUACAUAACCUAAAACAAAUAGGAAACAAUUAGAAAAGUGACUGAACUACUUUAUAUUUAAUGUAAUUAAGAAUGCCUCCCAAGUCUAAAACGAAUGUUAAAAAGUUAACGGUGAAGAACAAAAACACGGAACCACCGGAAGUAACAAAUCCCACAUGUUCGAACGCAGAAACAUCGAGUGGUUUGAGCCUGGAAGCCGAGGAUCAGUUCGAAUUAGAAUUAUGUUGGUGCAUCCAGCAAUUGCAAACGGGCCUAGCUUCUGGCAAGCUUUCGGAGAAACAGGCACGCGAUUUAUACAGGAAUAUAAAGACUUUGAAGAGUAACACAGCGUCUCUGAUCAAAAAGAGACAAAUAAUGCGAAACACUUUGGGGAACUACAGAGAGAAAAUGUCGUUGGAGGAGCAGAAACAUGGCAAAACCGCAUCCUCUAUGAAAUUUAUACCCCCAGCCACACAGAAUAAAAGAUGCGUAUUUGUGAGAAAAGCUGCUUGCAAAUUGAUCACAGAAAAGCAACACUCUCAUAUCGACACGCUGCAUUUCAGUUCAAAUGAAAAUGCUAUCGACUCUGACAACAUACAGACUGCAUUUAAGUUUAAUUUUCAACUUGUAGAAUAAAGAUACUGUAAAUUUUGUGACGUGCGACUAUCGAUAUGUAUUUAAAUAACAUUAUUA